AGUGAAUUUAUGUUAGUUUGCUAAGAAUUUCGUCAUAAUUUCAAAUUUCCAAAGACGUAUGUCUAAAAUACAACAAGCGUGGUUUGUGAAGAAGUUAGACAACUAACUGCCACUUUAAUUUAAGACGAAACUUUUAUUUUAGACAUGCUUCGGAAACCAAGUGUAAAUUAAUUCUAAUCAUUUAUAAUUAUCAUACGUUGUCAUUAGUUCAUUCGACCCACUUUAUAAGGUUUAUUAGUUUUGAUUUGACUUUACCGCGCAAGUACUAGACUCAAGGACGUACUAGCCAUCUCUUUUUCACAAGUCUGUCUUUGUACGCUAACCGCGGCGUACGUUUCGUCACUGGAAUACGAGGCGGAUGGGAUUGUUUUCUGUCCUCAUUCCGCCAUUAUUAUUUAAAAAAUCAUCAUUGUUUUAUUUUCGUGCUCGGUGUUAUUCAUUCAACGGCAGAAAGUGAUGUUAUCGUGUGACUGUUACUCGCUAAAGUGUUGAAGUGUUACGUUUCCUGUUCGAUUAUCAUACCGCUCGAAUAGAAACAAGCAACUGUGAUCAGCUAGCCCACUCUUUAUCACGUGGGUCAAAAUUCAAAUUUUAGAGCUAUAGUCUGAAGUUUUUGUCGUGUAUGAGUAUCUAUGCCGCUUGGUAUCGAUUUUACAUUGGCUACACCUAGAAAAACCGGCUUCUUAUCGCAUCUAAACGUUGUGUAUUUCAGGAGCGCGCCGGUCGGGCUGCUCGUUUCGGCCGGGGAACGGUGGAACUGGCGGGAGACUGACGGGAAAUAAUGGUCAGAUCGGAUUGUGCAGUGUAGCGAAGUGAUUGUGUAUUGAAGUGCUAACUGUGGUAACGAGAAGCUCAGGAUUACAUAAGGGCGUAAUGGGCGAGGAUAACGAGACAGUAUAGCCGGGCGACGCGGGUCAUGGCCCCGGGUCCCCGGCCACCCGCCGCCAUGGACGUCCCGGAACCGCAGUGCGCGCCGCCCGAGCCUCCCGACCUGCCUGAGCUCUCAGACCUGACCCUCUCUCUCUCGCAGUGUGAUCGAGCACUCGCAUCCAGCUCCGAUCUCGCCACGAUGGACGACGACGAUGAUAUGGGGAUUCAGGAGCAGCCUAAUCUCGCAAAAGACUCCCAAGAAAUGGAACAGAUCCUCAAUGAUCUCAAUAACACUGAUCUGGGACAAGCAGACCUCCUCCAGGCUAUCAAAACACUAGAAACAGGUGAUGUACUUUCAACAGGAGAUGCUGACUCCAUAUUUCCUCUAUCUGGCUUUGAUAUGGCUGAACCGGCAGAUUCAGAGGGUGAUGCACACACAACAGAGGAGAAGAUAAAAGCAACACAGCUUCACUUGGAACGUAGAUGUGCAUUUUUACUAAGAAGAAUGAGAAUGUUGCAAGCUAGAACAUUAGGCAAAAGAGUGUCAGAGGAGGUGGCUCAUACAUUUGACAAAGCUAUGAGAGGAGCCCGUAAAGAUGGUGUAGGGAGACCAAUGGGCCUUAAGGCAUUCCUAAAGAAAGUUGAGACAACAGCAGCUUUGCAAGCCAGUGCUUCCUCACGAUCCACUUCAGUCCUUGGUCCUAAAUACUACAGAGCUGGAACCUCUAAAGGUGAUGCAUCAAAAUCAGCAUCAAUUGCAAUUCCUUCAGGGACAUUGGCAGGUCUAGAGGAUACAGCAGGAGCCCUGCGAUCCCAUGUGUCGGCUGUAAAGCAUGCACUGGAUUCUGAUGCCACUGCAUCUUCAUCAGGGGCAGAGAGCAAUGAUGAGGCAGUGGUCUACAAUAAUCCUCACCAACAGCACAUGCCUAUUGAGAAACGCGCGUUGUGGUCGUACCAACGCGCCCGCGCUUCCAUCGCCGCGCGCUGGUGCUGGCUCCAGGCCCAGGUCCAGGAGUUGGAGUACAAGAUAAGGCAACACACGGAUUUGCACAAACAGGUCCGCGAAGCCAAAGGCCCCGUCCAAUUCGAAGGCGAACCAGCGCAGCCGUCCGCCUACGAGGGCCUCUUGCCCGGCGCUACGCUCGCCGACGACGACCCUGCCACUGAAACCUGUGCACGUCAUCGCCCGCUCCGUCGAGACACCUUCAAGAAGAGGAAGCUGCUACAGAUGCAUAACCUGCAUAUAGCCACCAACAAGGCUGCCAAGCCUGCUGAUGUGCAUUGUAGCUGUGAGCAUGGACUGGAGAGCUGUUGCGUUUGCACGGGGCGUGCUUCACCUACUCAGCCACCAUCGGAAGGCCUCGCGAGGCUGGACCCCGGCUACCAUCCUGUGCUUAGCGACUUCAAGGAUAUCUCUGUGGGGCUGCACCUGGGCGCGCUGACGUCCCUGCGCUGGUUCCGCGCGCGCGCGGCGGGCGCGUGGCGCGGCGCGCACCACGCGGCGCCCGCGCCCUCGCCCUCCUCCCGCCACGAGCGCACGCCGCCCAAGCCGCGCCGCCCCACCAGUACGUGCACACAUACACGCUCACUCAUACACCUCCCGGCGGGCGCGUGGCGCGGCGCGCACCACGCGGCGCCCGCGCCCUCGCCCUCCUCCCGCCACGAGCGCACGCCGCCCAAGCCGCGCCGCCCCACCAGUACGUGCACACAUACACGCUCACUCAUACACCUCCCGGCGGGCGCGUGGCGCGGCGCGCACCACGCGGCGCCCGCGCCCUCGCCCUCCUCCCGCCACGAGCGCACGCCGCCCAAGCCGCGCCGCCCCACCAGUACGUGCACACAUACACGCUCACUCAUACACCUCCCGGCGGGCGCGUGGCGCGGCGCGCACCACGCGGCGCCCGCGCCCUCGCCCUCCUCCCGCCACGAGCGCACGCCGCCCAAGCCGCGCCGCCCCACCAGUACGUGCACACAUACACGCUCACUCAUACACCUCCCGGCGGGCGCGUGGCGCGGCGCGCACCACGCGGCGCCCGCGCCCUCGCCCUCCUCCCGCCACGAGCGCACGCCGCCCAAGCCGCGCCGCCCCACCAGUACGUGCACACAUACACGCUCACUCAUACACCUCCCGGCGGGCGCGUGGCGCGGCGCGCACCACGCGGCGCCCGCGCCCUCGCCCUCCUCCCGCCACGAGCGCACGCCGCCCAAGCCGCGCCGCCCCACCAGUACGUGCACACAUACACGCUCACUCAUACACCUCCCGGCGGGCGCGUGGCGCGGCGCGCACCACGCGGCGCCCGCGCCCUCGCCCUCCUCCCGCCACGAGCGCACGCCGCCCAAGCCGCGCCGCCCCACCAGUACGUGCACACAUACACGCUCACUCAUACACCUCCCGGCGGGCGCGUGGCGCGGCGCGCACCACGCGGCGCCCGCGCCCUCGCCCUCCUCCCGCCACGAGCGCACGCCGCCCAAGCCGCGCCGCCCCACCAGUACGUGCACACAUACACGCUCACUCAUACACCUCCCGGCGGGCGCGUGGCGCGGCGCGCACCACGCGGCGCCCGCGCCCUCGCCCUCCUCCCGCCACGAGCGCACGCCGCCCAAGCCGCGCCGCCCCACCAGUACGUGCACACAUACACGCUCACUCAUACACCUCCCGGCGGGCGCGUGGCGCGGCGCGCACCACGCGGCGCCCGCGCCCUCGCCCUCCUCCCGCCACGAGCGCACGCCGCCCAAGCCGCGCCGCCCCACCAGUACGUGCACACAUACACGCUCACUCAUACACCUCCCGGCGGGCGCGUGGCGCGGCGCGCACCACGCGGCGCCCGCGCCCUCGCCCUCCUCCCGCCACGAGCGCACGCCGCCCAAGCCGCGCCGCCCCACCAGUACGUGCACACAUACACGCUCACUCAUACACCUCCCGGCGGGCGCGUGGCGCGGCGCGCACCACGCGGCGCCCGCGCCCUCGCCCUCCUCCCGCCACGAGCGCACGCCGCCCAAGCCGCGCCGCCCCACCAGUACGUGCACACAUACACGCUCACUCAUACACCUCCCGGCGGGCGCGUGGCGCGGCGCGCACCACGCGGCGCCCGCGCCCUCGCCCUCCUCCCGCCACGAGCGCACGCCGCCCAAGCCGCGCCGCCCCACCAGUACGUGCACACAUACACGCUCACUCAUACACCUCCCGGCGGGCGCGUGGCGCGGCGCGCACCACGCGGCGCCCGCGCCCUCGCCCUCCUCCCGCCACGAGCGCACGCCGCCCAAGCCGCGCCGCCCCCACCAGUACGUGCACACAUACACGCUCACUCAUACACCUCCCGGCGGGCGCGUGGCGCGGCGCGCACCACGCGGCGCCCGCGCCCUCGCCCUCCUCCCGCCACGAGCGCACGCCGCCCAAGCCGCGCCGCCCCACCAGUACGUGCACACAUACACGCUCACUCAUACACCUCCCGGCGGGCGCGUGGCGCGGCGCGCACCACGCGGCGCCCGCGCCCUCGCCCUCCUCCCGCCACGAGCGCACGCCGCCCAAGCCGCGCCGCCCCACCAGUACGUGCACACAUACACGCUCACUCAUACACCUCCCGGCGGGCGCGUGGCGCGGCGCGCACCACGCGGCGCCCGCGCCCUCGCCCUCCUCCCGCCACGAGCGCACGCCGCCCAAGCCGCGCCGCCCCACCAGUACGUGCACACAUACACGCUCACUCAUACACCUCCCGGCGGGCGCGUGGCGCGGCGCGCACCACGCGGCGCCCGCGCCCUCGCCCUCCUCCCGCCACGAGCGCACGCCGCCCAAGCCGCGCCGCCCCACCAGUACGUGCACACAUACACGCUCACUCAUACACCUCCCGGCGGGCGCGUGGCGCGGCGCGCACCACGCGGCGCCCGCGCCCUCGCCCUCCUCCCGCCACGAGCGCACGCCGCCCAAGCCGCGCCGCCCCACCAGUACGUGCACACAUACACGCUCACUCAUACACCUCCCGGCGGGCGCGUGGCGCGGCGCGCACCACGCGGCGCCCGCGCCCUCGCCCUCCUCCCGCCACGAGCGCACGCCGCCCAAGCCGCGCCGCCCCACCAGUACGUGCACACAUACACGCUCACUCAUACACCUCCCGGCGGGCGCGUGGCGCGGCGCGCACCACGCGGCGCCCGCGCCCUCGCCCUCCUCCCGCCACGAGCGCACGCCGCCCAAGCCGCGCCGCCCCACCAGUACGUGCACACAUACACGCUCACUCAUACACCUCCCGGCGGGCGCGUGGCGCGGCGCGCACCACGCGGCGCCCGCGCCCUCGCCCUCCUCCCGCCACGAGCGCACGCCGCCCAAGCCGCGCCGCCCCACCAGUACGUGCACACAUACACGCUCACUCAUACACCUCUACUACAUACCGGCGGUAUACUUACUUAUAGAUUGAAAAGAGGCAGACCACCUUUGUCGAGAAGAAUUAAAGAAAGAAAACAGUCUGAGGAAACUGUGACAUCUACUCAUGAAAGGGGUCGCGGCCGCGGCAGCACGGAGGCGCGCGCCCGGGCGGCGUCGUUCGACAUCGACAACAUCGUCAUCCCGCAGUCCGUGGCCGCCGCCACGCGCCCGCAGAUACUCACCUACAAGGAGAUCGUCACGCCCAAAUGGCGAGUUAUGGAGAUGUCGGACGUGCGUCUCAACAAUGGCGUCUCUAAGAUACGGCGGCUGUCAUUGGAGAGCGAGGAGGAGGAUAUAUCGGACGCGGCGGUGCGUGCGCGGCACCUGCGCAGCGAGGCGCGCGAGCGUGGCCGGUACCUCGGCGCGCGCCGCGGCCGCCGCGCCGCCACCAGCGCGCCCGCGCCGGACGUGGCGCCCGCCGCGCCCGCGCCCGCGCCCGCGCCCGCCCCCGCGCCGCUCCCACACGAGGUAACUGUCAGGAGGAGGACAUGUCGGCCGCGGCCGCCGCGCCGCCACCAGCGCGCCCGCGCCGGACGUGGCGCCCGCCGCGCCCGCGCCCGCGCCCGCGCCCGCCCCCGCGCCGCUCCCACACGAGGUAACUGUCAGGAGGAGGACAUGUCGGCCGCGGCCGCCGCGCCGCCACCAGCGCGCCCGCGCCGGACGUGGCGCCCGCCGCGCCCGCGCCCGCGCCCGCGCCCGCCCCCGCGCCGCUCCCACACGAGGUCAGGAGGAGGACAUGUCGGCCGCGGCCGCCGCGCCGCCACCAGCGCGCCCGCGCCGGACGUGGCGCCCGCCGCGCCCGCGCCCGCGCCCGCGCCCGCCCCCGCGCCGCUCCCACACGAGUUGCAGUCGGUGCGGCCGUACUCCCCGCGCCGCUUCCCGCUCCCCGAGCACACGUACUCGGACAUGCUGGCGAGCAUGCCGCGCGGCUACCGGCCCGCCUCGCCCGCGUCGCCCGCCUCGCCCGCCUCGCCGCGCCCGGCGGCGGACGGCUCGCCCGCCGCCAGCCCGCUGUCCCCGCUGUCGCCCGCGCCCUACGAGGGCGACGACCCCGACGACGUCGAGUGGGACCCCAGCCAGGAGAAGGUGGAGAAGAGAAAGACCACGUUCAGGUGAAAACGACACUGAAUUACUUUUGGUACCGUUCGACGCCACUUUUAAGAUGUUCCAAUGUUUCUUAUAUAACUAUACGAAAACGAAAAUAUCUAUACUAAUUGUUGUAGAUCUACAAGCUAUGAUCGCGGUCGACCUAGACCUCGGUUUGAUUGGGAGUGGCUAGCUUUCUUGUCAAAUGUCGACGUAAAACGUAAAUCAGAUAUAAUUACAACAUGCAAUGCAGAAUUGCAGAUACAACGGUACAAAAGGGCACGCCAACAAUAAUGAUAUUGUCUGUGGACCGAUCGCGUCGAAAUAUUUAUUCGGAAAGAAAUAGGCAUGAUGACACAUUUUGAAAAACUGCUCUAUAAUGUUUAGAAACAUUGAUUAUAUACAACGAAUAAAAAUUUUCUAGAGAAAAUAACAGUGAAGUAAGAAAAAAAUGCAUUUUAGUUUUCAAAUUUAAAAUUAGCGCUAAAACGCUUGUCAGUGUCAUGGCGUCCCGAGUGACGUCACGUUUGUAAAAACAGAACUCGGACCUUUGACGUUUGCUACCUAGAUGCUCGUUGCUAAUUGAAUAAACAUGAAUUCAAAAGUUUACAAGUCUUGCGCGGUCCCUCAGUGUGGUAACACAUCAAUUAAAUCACCUGAUAAGUUGUUUGUAUUCGUCCCACAACAGAAAACAAUUCGUGACAAGUGGCUUAAACUUGCUAGGCGAAAUGCAAUAUCAAUAUCAAUCAUCCAGUACUAAUCUUUAUUUUUGUGAAGAUCGUUUCGACGUGAGUAUUUAUUUCACUUGUUCCAUGACUUAUGAUUAAUAUUUAUUUGAUAUAAACCAACUUGUAUCGUAACCAAACGACGUAAAAUAAAAGCGCAAAAAAUCACUUUAUUAGGGUAAUGGCAGUUAUGGGUAUUUGUUUACACAAGUGUGACGUCAUGCGCUCUGAUUGGUGUUUAACCUUUUGACCGCCAAAGACGUCAUAUGACGCGCGCGGCUACUCUAUGAUUAAAAUUUCACUAAGAAAAUACCAUGUUUUAGUGAUUUUCAAUUACUGUCAUCAUGCCUAUUGCAAUAUUUUCUGAGAGCGGGGAAAGCCUGUCUAAUGGCGCAUUUACAUUCGCGUGCGAGUGGUGAGUCGAGUCACGAGACGCGUAUGUAAACGGUGGGCUCGAGCUCGGCUCGCGGACGGAGCUGUUUUUUAGACACGAGUCAAAGGCGCUCGCGGGGGACGCGCGCUUGCUGUUUACAUUCGCGUUCGGCUUCUCAUUCGGUUACAGACCUUAUAUCUUGCCGCUUGUGUUUAAAAUCGAUUAGCUCGACGAGCUUAGGUUCUGUGGCCGAGACACGAGACGAGCCGCGAGAGUAAAUGCACAGUAAAUUUAACAACCUCUUUCAUGUUAAAUAUCUCCGAUACCGGAUUCCUUUCCAUUUGGAGACAUUUUUAAGUUUAAUAGCUAGUAAACAUCCAAAUAAACAAACAUUCAAGUCAUAACCAGCUUCGAAUACGAAGCACGGACAAACCUAGAAUGCUACAAUUUAUUCAAAAAUAAUCCACUUAGUGGCUCAAUCGGCUUUUAAACAACAAAUUAACAGCAAUUAUUUCAACAAAAUAGCAUUUAACCAUACAAAAAUUGCAAUCAUCUCACUUGGUAUGUUGGAUAAACAAUAUUAAUGUUGUCAACACAAUGUAUGACAUAAAUCAGUUAAAAUUGUAAUGCAUAAAUAAUUAUACAUUGUAGUUUUUACAGGGUUAACAGUUGUCUGUCUUAAACUGUCGUGUUCACAUAUUAUUUUGUGACACAAAAUUAGAAUAAUUGUCAGGACAAUACAAUGUGUAUAAUGUGUAAAGAGUUCUCUGCAAAUCCUGAAUAGUUCACAGUAAUAAUACGGGCCAUUUUAAAAUUUAUUGCGAAUCCGUUAAUAUUACUUGCCACACAGUUUAAAAAAUACUUUAGUACAGUCAGCGUCAAAUACUUCGUAGCAGUCAAAGUAGCCAAAUAGUUCGGUACACCAUAUAUUUAGUAUGGUGUACCGAACUAUUUGGCCACUUUGACUGCUACGAAGUAUUUGACGCUGACUGUACUAUUAUAAGUUCGGCCAGCAUAUCAAAAUAGUACUAUUAGCAAAAGCUAUAUUAUUUGUAUGGAUGGAAGCUAUAUGUAUGGAUUUUUUCUGCAAGUUAUUUUAAAACGGUCCUUAUUCGUAAGAAUUAAUGUUUGAUAAAAUUGUUUGGUUUCAUUUCAAAUUGUUUAAAGAUUGUUUUAGCUUGUUCUAAUGUUUUUAUAUAAGUUUGGUAAAUCACUAUAGAUAAUUAAGAGUCGUUGCUUAGGGUAUCGAUUGUAAGUAUUGUUGUUUUAAAUCCAAACUCUUAAAGCUUUAUUUACUGUAAGAUAUAUCGGUAAUUGUAAAAUUGUAUAGAUUUCGUUUGAGUUGAUUUCACAACGGAACCAAUAUGAGGCCAUUUGGUGCACCCCGCGUCCUCUUACAUUCCUUGCCGAGUUCAAAAUAAUAUGCAAAUGUAUUUGUUGGGUGCUUUGAAAAAACAUAAAAUUUUGUUAUUGUUGUGUUCUAAAACCGGCAGGCAAUGCCCUUUUUUUAAAUAGAUGUAAAUAGUUGAAGGGGCAUAACUGUAACCUGCUGUGCUUUUUUUCGAAGUUGUCAGAACACAAGGGACGGUGUUGUGUUUCUGUAUUAGGUGUUACCAUAGACAAUUGAGUUAAUAGACUUGCGCAUUCGAAAUCAAAUUUGAGCUAAGAUAUGUAGAUUCACUGGACCGCAUCACAGCACUAAUAUUUAGUGGUGAUCACAAUUUCCACUAUUUUUGUUGGAUUUCGCAAGUGGUCUAUUUCAAUUGUCUUAGAUGUUACGGAACCCGGGUUCCAUAGUUUAGCUGCUAGUGUAAGCCUGCCCGUUUGUCGCUAAGCGUUAUGUAAAUAUAAUAUAAACAGGGCACUGAAUAGUAACUAAUAGACUGGCUACAAAUUAAUUAUUUGAAUCUCUGAAAGAGAGCACUUUCUGUAUCAAAAUUCCUUAACAUACAAGAAAAUGUGAUAACAUUGGAGAUUGCUUGGUGUGUGUUGUUGAUUCUGCGUGACCCUGGUGGAUAUAGCAGGAGGAUUGUUUUGCAUCGUACUCUCUAAAUUGCUCAAAUGUAUAGUUAUUUUCUUGUAACAUGUGCCUGUUUAACAAGCUACAAUUUUACAGGAAUGAAACGCGGCAAUAUUGGUCUACAGACUUCAUAGGUUACAUGCGGGUAUGUCAUAAUUUGUGCCAUUCUCAACCAGAAGGGUACUUGUUGCCGGUUGUUAAUAAGCCGCUAUUUCCAUAUAGCUUCAAUUUGAAAUCAACCCUAUCGACAACCGACUAUGUACCUUUUGGUUGAAAACGGCACAUUUUGCCCAUUUAGACCUGUAAAGUUUUAAAUAGGAGCUUUCUAAAGCCCUUACUAUCAAUGUUGUUAUGGCCGUUGAAAAUAAAACAGUCCUUCUUCUAUUCCAUCUCAGUGUAAAAUAGUAAAAAAUGCAUUUGCUUGUGUCAUAAUUUUUUUUAAUUGGAAUGUUGGUAAAUUAAUGAAUUGUAGGCCAAGUUCGGACAUAAUCAAAUUGGUUAUAAAACUAUUGUGUAUACAAAAUGUAUUGGUUCUUUUGAUUUGUGUUUUUACUGAUUCGAACUGGGCGUUGAGUGGCUGGAUGUUCGGUUGCAAGGGAAGCCAAAGCCUUAUUUGUAGUUAAGUGUAGUUUUAAGGGACGUCUCCGUUCGAGACGAGAUGCGCUUGAAAAAUACAAAAUGGUCUUGUAUAGUAUGAAAAAUAAAUGUUAAAAAUUCACGAGUCA